AUGACAAAUCGCUGUCAAAGUUAAAUGUUUAUGUUAUCUAUUCUAUUUAUUUGUUCUUCCUCGAUUUAAUAAUAUAUUGUAUAUCAACAGAAUUUACUUAAAAUAAAUUUUCCUUGUAUUUAAAUACCUACUUAGGAUACUAAAAUAAUUAUGAAGGAAACCAAAAUGAGUACACACCUUUCUGGAGGACGCUUAAAUGUUGCCCUGGUGCAAGAGACUAUGAGAAAAGAGUUAUUAAAUCUCUUGCAGCUUUGUGAAGGACCAAAAGUCACAAUUUGGGAUGAAUGGCUGGCAGGGCCAAUUGGUUUGGUUGCUCAAUACUCACUGCUGCAAGAACAUGAAGUAGUAGAUAUGUUUCCACUACGACCAGGCAGCCUGCCUACAAUAUCAGUCAAACAUAUUGUUUUUAUUGCUCGCCCAAAACUGGCGCUUAUGGACUUGGUUGCUGAUUAUAUACAAUCACUCAGGUCUAAGCAGACUACCCCCGUGGUGUUCCAUCUCUUUUUUGUACCCCGAAAGAGUGAACUUUGCGAGAAACACCUCAGCAAUCGUGGAGUACUCAUCAACCUAUCUAUUCAGGAAUUCAAGUGUGAUAUCUAUCCAUUUGAAAGUGAUGUUAUGUCAUUGGAACUACAGAAUGACUUCAAAGAAAACUACUUAGAGGGUGACCCAACAUGUAUUUAUAACGCGGCACAGGCCUUGCGUACUAUACAGCAGCUAUAUGGCAUAAUACCGCGUGUUUUUGGCAAAGGUGUCGCAGCUAAACAGGUUUGGGACCUGUUAUGUCGUCUCAACAAAGAAGACCACGGGAUGGCGCCGAAGGGCUCGCCUACAUCUUGCAUAGACAACUUACUACUUCUAGAUCGCGCCAUUGACUUUGCUAGUGUUAUGACAACUCAACUUACAUAUGAAGGUCUUAUAGAUGAGUUAUUCGGUAUAAAAAGUUCAACAGCAACAUUCCCGGGGCACAAGUUUGUGAGCGCAGAUGACGCGAGCCCCGAGGUGACCGCGCGAGAAAAGAAACGCAUUAUACUCAACUCUGGUGAAGAAUUGUACGCAGAAUUACGCGACUGUAGCUUCACCGAGGUAGGCGCAGCUCUAUCGAAGAGAGCCCGAAUAAUAAAAACACAACUAGGCGAGCGACACAACGAUAAGUCAGUGCAAGAGAUCAAACAGUUCGUGUCGCGGUUACCACAGAUGUUGGCCAACAAACAGUCACUAGCCACCCAUACUGCCAUCGCUGAAUAUAUCAAAGAGACAACAGAUAGUUUCGAGUUCCAUGACACAAUACAAUGUGAAGAGGAGUUUCUCAAUUGUAUUGACAACGAUAAAGUAUGCCCAUUCAUUGAAGAUCUCAUUGCACAGAAAGAACCUAUUACGAAGGUGUUGCGACUAAUAUGCCUGCAAUGUGUCACUGGUUCUGGACUAAAGCCGAAAGUACUAGAGUAUUAUAAACGCGAACUAGUACAAGUUUACGGAAUGAAGACAUGGCUCACAUUGUGCAACUUAGAAAAAUGUGGCUUACUUAGACCGCAAACUGGUACGCGGCAGUAUGUGGUUUUGAGGAAGGCGCUGCACCUGACAAUGGACGAGUCAGAGAUGGAUGCGAAAGACAAAAGUUAUUUGUCAUGCAAAUACACGCCGCUGACUGUACGGCUCAGCGAACACAUAGCCAAGAACAAGGGCUGGACUGGUAUUCAAGAAAUACUGGGCUUGCUCCCAGGACCUACGUUGGACGAGCUGCAAACGUUACAGCCGCGCAUGAUACGACGCAACUCUGUGUCAAGCGAAAACUCAUCCAUUGAAAAUUCUCGCGUGAUACUAGUUUUCUUCAUAGGUGGAUGUACAUACCAAGAAAUCUCAGCUCUAAGAACAAUUAGCCAACAAGAGGACUCUAAUGUAGAAUUUGUUAUACUAACAACAAAGUUGCUCAAUGGAAUAACAUUUAUUGAAUCAUUAUCAGAAACAGAAUAGACUAGAAAAAUAUUGUAAUAAAAUAAAAGGUACUCGUAAUAUAUAAUAGUGUACAUAAGAUUAAUAGUAUUAUCACAAUUUAAAGCAGUUUCUAUUUUAAAUGUAUUAUAUUUAAUCUCAUAUGAAUUGUACAACUUAUAUAACCAUGUUAAUUUUGUAUAUUAAAAACUUUAUUCAUUCCGAA